AUGCACGCCGCACCUUAUGAAGAAGUUGCCCUCUCCGACAUGUUACUGGAGGACGGCAAGUUGCGUUACCCAUGUCCUUGCGGUGAUCUAUUUGAACUCUCCCUAAGUGAGUUCGCGAAGGGCUCAGUUGUUGCGGAAUGUCCCACGUGUUCGUUAACGGUGCGUAUUAUUUGCAAUGAGGAGGAACGCCAUGCUUUUCUUUUGCGAUGCAACGCACUCAAUGGCGUGCGUGAUGUUGUGAUUGCUUGA